UUGUCAAUCGUUCGCCAUUUUAAAACUCAUCCAUUUUCAUUCGAAGACAAUGAAUUCUUUGGAGUGUUUCGAUUUCUAGCUACCAUAAAAAGUGUUUGUAGUGCGAAAAUCUUAUUUACAAAUUGUACAAGACAGCUUUAAGAUGGACGCAGUAAUUGUGUUCAAUACGGAAUUGUCCGGUCUUUACGAACAGAGACCACCGAUUUCUAAAGCUAAGAUGGCAUCGAUCACACGGACGGCCAUGAAAGCCAUUAAAUUCUAUAAACACGUCGUCCAAAGUGUCGAGAAAUUCAUUCUCAAAUGUAAGGCGGAAUACAAGGUGCCCGGCUUAUAUGUGAUCGAUUCCAUUGUGCGGCAGUCACGCCAUCAAUUCGGUGCUGAAAAGGAUGUAUUUGCUCCGAGAUUCGCCCGUAAUAUGCAGAAUACGUUUGCGAAUUUGUUCCGGUGUGCCGCCGAAGACAAAAGUAAAAUUAUUCGGGUGCUGAAUUUGUGGCAGAAGAACAGUGUUUUUGCGCCGGAAGUUAUACAACCGCUGUUUGAUCUGGCCGAUCCGAAUCACAUAAUUUAUCAAAAUCAACCGCCAUUGGACUCCUCCUCGAAUGGCAUGAAUUUGAAUUCGUCAAUGAAUCAGGAGUCUCCGCCACCGAACAUGGAUGAUGGUCAUACAAUGUCUUCGGAUACAUCUGGACCUAUGGCAAUACCAACAGCUAGUCAGUUGGACUCUAGUACGAUACGUCAGCUGCAACAACUGCAGCAGUUGUUAAUACGUCAGACGGGAAGUGAAAAUAUGGGUGCGAGUAGCAGUAGUACUGCUCAAGAUUCGGUGAAAUUCAAUAAAAAGGUUCUGGACUACGAUUACGGUGACGAAGAAGAUGAAGACAACGAUAAUAGGACAAUGACACCCAGAAAUCAAAACAAUUUGCUAUCUGAAAGUAACAGCAUCGCCCAACUACUGAACGAUCCGAAUGUAUUGCGGCAGCUGCAAAAUUUGCAGAAAUUGAAGCAACAAGAAGAGAAGCAAUCAAAACUGACCGAAAUGCGUCUACAGGAGGAGGCGUUCGAAAAGCAUUUGGCAACCGUUCUAAAAGUAAAUAAACUUCCGUUCGCAAACGAAUGCGAUUUAAGUCGACAGCCAGCCGAUCAAAAUCAAAUCUUUGGAAUGCCGUCAGCCCUCAGUCUUAUGCAACAGAACAAUUUAGCUGGUCCAUCCGAUCAAAUCGAACCAGAAAUUGAACUAGUGUCCGACGAUGGAAAAGUGGAGGUAAUCAACUUGGAUGGCAAUUCACGUAGUCCGUCAAUGGACCGCGAUCGUUACAAUAAACGAAGACGCAGUCGUUCACGGUCAAGAGAUCGCAGUGGUAGAUCCCGUCGACGCAGCCGAACCCGUUCACCAAGAUCGCGACGACGAUCUAGAGAUCGUGACCGUGGAAAGGACAAAGAUAAGGAGAGAACGAGAGAAAUGGAACGUGAAUAUGAGAGAGAGCGGCGUCGAAAGGGAUUGCAUGAUAUUAAGAAGGAACAUUUGAGUGUUUGCAGUACGACAUUGUGGGUGGGACAUUUGUCGAAACUCGUGCAACAAGAAGAACUUUCCGACACUUUUGCUAAGUAUGGAGAUAUCAUCAGCAUUGAUAUGAUCAUUCCGCGAGGAUGUGCAUUUCUAGUAAUGAAUCGUCGACAAGACGCAUACAAGGCUAUGAGUAGCUUGAAAAAUUACAAACUUCAAGGAAGGCCCAUUAUGAUAUCAUGGGCGGCUGGUAAAGGUGUCAAAGGCAAAGAAUGGAAGGAUUACUGGGACUUAGAUACAGGCAUUAGCUAUAUACCAUAUAACAAAUUGAGCAAUUCAACGGACUUUGAAUCGCUGGAAGAGGGUGGCAUGUUCGACGAAGAUUCUAUGCCUGCUUGGCUGAAAGAAAAACUCAAAUCGUCGGCACAAAAGAAAGAUCCAUUACUGCCAAUGGAUCCCAGCCAAAUGUUUCAAAUGAAUAUGACUGGCCGAGUGGACACAACCCAACCUCCGCCGAGUGGACAAAUGAUUCCUGGAAUGCAAAUGGUUCCACCAUUUAUGGGACCCGUUCCAAGACUUAUGACACCCAUGGGAUUAAUGGCACCGAAUUUAGUUCCUGGCUUAUCGAUAGGCGUUCCUCCGCCAACAAUGAUGAUCCCAACUGGCGCAAUAUUGCCACCGAUUCCUAUGGACAAAUCAGUUCCUCCGCCAUCGUCAACGGGUAACCAGCCAGCAUUUAUGAAUCACUUUCCACCAAUGCCUCCACACCAAAUGUCACAUCUUCCACCAGUUUCGAUUCCAUCGAACAGUGACGAUCAUAUGGAUAUCGAAAUGGAUGACGAGCCAUCAACAAAAGUCGUUAGCUCCAGUACUAACGUAAGCAUGUUUAAUCGACCACCGCCUCAGAUGUUCGAUCAGUCCAUGCCACCAAUACCAGCAAAUAUGACACAAAGUUACAAUAAAGACCACAACGAUCGUGAAAGACGACAAGGACAUGAUCGUCGUAGCAACAGCCGCGAUCGAAGAAGUAAUGAGCGCGAACUACGUGGUAGAGAUCGAGAUAGGGAUCGUGAUAACCGUCGCAGCGAUCGUAAUUUCCGAAAUGGAUCCAAUUCUCGUUGGCCGGAUGAACGAAGUCGAUCCCGCGAUGAUGAUAACUCGUUUCGUGAUAGUCGAAGAGGAUCUCGUGACCGAAAUGAUCGAAAUGAAAGAGACAAAUCGCUUCAAGAUCGCUUGCGCGACAUGGCCAAUGAUGGUAAUCGCAAUGAAUACAAUCGUCGCAAUGAAACCGGUGACGGUAUGCCCUGGCGUGAUGGACCGCAAAUGAGUGGCAAUUUCCAGGGCAAUUUUAUGGAUCAAAAUGUUCGCAAUAUCAGACCAAUGAACAUGGGACCAACACCAUUGGAAGAUAUUCGAUUAGCACCAAUGGUUAUGGAUAACAUUCGCGGGCCGCCACCAGGAAUGGGACACAGAGGAGAUUUUAACCGUAGCGAUGAAUUCGACAAUCGACGUGGUGGUCCUCAUAGGGAGUUCUUCGGACCAAAUCGUUUUGGAGGGCCAAUGAUUAGAGGCGGACCACCACCACCAUUCGGUCCCAGAAUGGUAAAUACACCAUUGUUCAUGCGUGGACAACGGCCGCCAGGACCAGGUUUUCCUGAGCGACCAUUCUUUGAUCGUGCAGGUGGCUUCGACGAGCGCGGUGCUCCUCGUAAUCCCCGAAAUGUCGAGAACCGCAGAGAUGACUCAGUAAAUCGGCCAGCAUGGAAUGCAGCCGCAAAGGACGAAGACAGAGUGCCAGCUAACAACUCCGAACAAAAUGAAUCGAAAGAUAAGAAAGCGUCCCGUUGGGGCAAUUCCAGUCCGAAGUCGAUAGUAUCGGAAGAAGAAAACUGGGACGAUGAAAUCGAGCGUAAGAACGACGACAAUUCUCCGAUAGUUCCGUUGCCACAAACCGAGCCAAUCGACGACGAUAGUGAUGUUGACUUUGAUGACGGUGCAGCAGCUGCUGCUUUAACUGAGAAAUCUGCUCAAAGCGAAAUCAGUGUUGCUGAUAGUAGGAAUGAAAAUGUGGAAACGGUUGAUGAGCCUCAACAUUCAGUGCCAUUGCAACAGCAAUCCGUUGACGUUAAACAAAACAUACCCGAACGAUUCGACAUAUUUGACGACAACGAGACUGCUGCCACCAAACAACCACAACCGACAGCAUUUAAUAAUAGCGACGACGAUAAGGAUACUGAAACGUCCGAAAACCGUAACGAAUCAGCUGAAUGCAAUACAACACCAUUGUACGACGAACCGGAAGAGAAAAAGCACAGCACAGAGAAGGAUGAACAGCACGACGUUGAAACCAAUAGCGAAUCAACGAAUGAAAACAAACCGGAAGCCGAAUUGCCAACCGUUCCUGGAGUUGAUGAUUGAGGCGCAAAAUAGAAUCUGUUUCCAUGCUACGAAAUCUGCAUACAGCAUUAAAGAACAUGAUCAAGGAAUAUAUGACUGUGAUAGUUGUGUUGUGUAAUGAGAUGAUGAAAGUGAACAAGACUUUUUACAAAGCUAUUAUCAAAAUUACUAUGUUGGAUCGGCACUGCUCUCGGCAAUCGAUGCUAAAUAUAAGUUAACAGAAAACCGAAUACCAAAUUACCGAACCCACGAUAGUGUUUCAGCGAUUAAUUUAAAAAAAGAAUAAUUCAUUUUCGAAUUCAAACAUUGUUUGCGACUAGCGGUACUUAUAAUUACAUCGUUAAAAUGAUGAGAUUCCGUUAUACAAAAAGAUUCCAAAUAAAAUUUAUUAAAUUUUUAAUAAAUAUCUUACUUGUCUUUCCACUCACAUUUUAUGUGUUUAGACAAACGUUUUAACAAAUUUAACAAGAAACUUUUAACACAAAAAAGAGAACCUCAAACAAGACACAGAAAAUCAUUAAACAUUUUACAAAUCAAGUUUGACUAAGGGCAUUUUAAGUGAAAGACGCAUUAUAGUAAAAGUGAUUGGUUCAAUUGGUGGUUUUUCAUAUUGACCAUCAAAUUCUAUCGUGAAAUUAUGAAUUUUUAGUUGUCUAGGACUUGUAAUACGAAGUAGACUUAUCGGUAACAAUUUUUAUAUUCAAAAAGUCAAAGCAAAAACAAGACUAACAUUGCUAUUGUGGUCAUUAAAUCCCCGAACAUUGUACAUCGAUUUUAACCGAACCGAACCGAAUCGUGUUUUUUAAGCUAAUUGAGAUUCAAUCGACGCUUCAUAAAACAUUUUUUGAAUGUCGUCGAUAUGGAUUCAAUGUUGUAACUCCGCUGGAGUUGAAAGAACCUUUAGCUCUGUACGGUGCCGAUAUAUUAUUAUCACAUUCGGAAGACAUUUAGUUAAUAGUUUUGUUACAUAAAAAUGGAUAAAAACAAGAAGUAGAGGUUUCGUGUGUAAUUUGUUGCUUCGAGGCGUAGCCAAGGUCCAUAAGCGCACGAUAACGAGACUUUUAAUUUUUAUCACGUGUAACAUAAUGGAUUUUUCAUGUGUCGGGGAUGAAAACAGUGAAAAGUUUGCAGAAAUUAUCUCAGAUCUUCGGCCCUUUACAUGAAAAAAAAUGUGCGUAUCGAUCUUGGCCGGAGGUUUUCAAGCAUUUUCACUUAGCUUAUAACACAUUAAACAUCCUAAAACCGUUGGCCGAUAGACACGCUUACUAUUACGUGCUUUUGAGCUUAAAGUCGAUUCACUUUUCAUCCCUGGGGUCGAAAUAAGCCACUUUCGACCCUAGGCUAAAGUAUUUAUGUUAAAGAAGUGUUGAUCAUCCCAAAGACAAAGAUUGAUGUCUUACCAUGUAGGCAUUAGGAACUGUUAUGAAUAUUCUAAACAUUCCUCAAACUCCGUUGAUAUCUAAGCGACGAAAACGUUAAUAAAAAAUCGAUCAAUGCCACUCACAAUCAUUUUUGCGAUAAUGCGCCUAUGGCGGGACUACAUAUAUUCCCUCUGUCAUGUCAUACACUGAGAAAUAGCGUAUUAUCAAUUCCAUCACAACUUCAUUCAACGAUCAUCACAUCACACAACAUCAUGAUCAACGAUUCGGAAUGCUGAUGUAAAAAUUGUUUGGAUAACUCGCGCUUGCACUCGAAUUGAGUGACUUGUGCAAGGUAGAGUAAACCAUUUUUGAAAUUUAUUUGACACUAUUGGGAGCACAAAAGUUCCAUCAUAUAUAUCCUUGAUCAAAAUUUAGUGGAUGAAAUAUGCGGUUUAACAAAAAAAGAACCGAAAAGAUUAAUCGUGGAAAACAUUUUUUGUUUUAUUUUAGAAAUAGAAUUUUUGCUUUUAUUUCCGAGCCUAAUCAUCUAAAUGAAAGUGUAAUUAAUAUGAAAAAUAAAAAAUUUAAAUUUAAAAUUCAAAGUGAACAUAAACGAAACGAAGAAUUAUUGUAAAAAUUUGUCAUUGUUUUAGUUCUAGGGCAAGUUGAAAAUUAAUUUCUU